AUGUUGGCCCAUUCACGAUCUGUAUUGCCAUACGAAUGUCAUGAAGUUUUACAUCCUUGGCGUGAACAAUGCAUGCCGGCAGCUUGGGAACUGGCAAAGCCAGCAUUUCGAGAAUCACUUAAAAUCUACUGUGUUCUAUAUGGAGUCACCGGAUUGAUAAAACUACGAAAAAUCAAAUCAUUCAAACAAUUGAAAAAGUUUUUGUACGGAUUAGCUUUCGACACUAUACGAUCGACGAUCUUUUUGGGUAUGCAAGGUUUACUUUUCAUGCCCUGCUGCUGUGCCGGACGACGUCUUUUGGGACAUAUUGGAUACUACAAUUUGUAUGUCGACGGAAUAUUUUGUACACUUCCUGCUAUAUUAGUGGAACGUAAACAACGACGUGGUGCCCUAGCUCUAUACAUGGCAAAUCUAGCAGUCGAGGUUCUAUUUAAAAUGGGUGCACAACGAAAGUUUUACACUCCACUUCAUAACGGAGAAAUACUUCUGUUCGCUGCUGCCUCAUCGAUUUAUACAUACAUGCUAAAAAAAUCGUCUGAACACAAACAUAAUACUUUGUUAUUCUCCACAAUGAAAUUGCUGAUUGGCGAAGAUGAAUGCGCAGCUCCACAUGAAAUCAAACCGCCGUCUGAACCGAAGAAGAAGUCGUUAUAUUUUGCAUUAUUUUAUAAAUAUUUGAAAUGUGUGCAACAGUGGUCUCAAAUUCAGAACAAAAAUCAACCAACGUGUAAACAUACAUAUCACUGUCUACUUCACGUUCUUCUGGGUUUUGUCAAACGAUUUUUGGUUGGUGUUCUAAUCCAAUUGCUUUUACAUUUUAUAAGUUCUCCACUUCGAUUCCUUCGUCAUCCAACACUAUUUUUCUUAACAUUAAAUCGAAAUAUGCUCAGUCUGGGAAAAUUUUUAGGUUUCUAUUCAGCAAUCUAUCGAUUAGUCAGCUGUCUAUUACGUAACAUCCUCAAGUACGAUCGACCUGCGCACGGCCUCGUCGCUGGUUAUUUAGCUGGAUUUUCUAUGCUAUUUUUCAAAAGUUCAACAUUGGCUAUGUACAUGAUGGCUAAACUGAUUGAAACUGUCUACUUGAAAUACGCUCACCGAGGCAAAUUACCGUUCUUUUCCUAUUUCGAUUCGAUUCUUUACUCUCUAUCUACUGCACUUGUCUUUCAUGCUGCAGUCGUUGAACCGCAAGCCAUGCGUCCGGCUUAUUACAGAUUUCUCGAACGCCUUACCGGUGGCUACUUUUCUCAAGUAAAUCGACCAAUGAUGGAAUGUUUUGGUGUUUGUUCGGCGAAACUCUUUCCCAAUUAUAAAUUGCCAUUAACGAAAUAA